AUGAUGUUAAUUCUCUAUGUUUUUCUCUUAACUGGUUUCAUCUCAGUUAAUGGACACGAUCAACAAAAUUCAGAACUUGAAUUAGUUGCAAUUUUUGAUCAUCAAGUAACAGGUGUUAGUGUUCAUCCAGCUUCUGGUCGAAUAUUUGUUAAUUUUCCUCGAUGGACAGAAGAUUCUCCUGUUUCAGUAGCUGAAGUUCUUACAUAUAACACAAGUAAACCAUUUCCACCUAAUUCACAAUGGAAUUCAUGGCGAAAUACUCGUAAAAAUGAAUUAGAUCCAUCAAAGUAUUUCAUUUGUGUUCAAAGUGUAGUAGUAUUUAAAGAUAGUCUUUAUGUACUUGAUCCAGCUGCUCCAGCCACUAGUUUCAUUGUGAAAGGCGGACCAAAACUUGUUGAAAUCGAUUUAAUAACAAAUGAAGUAAAACGAGUUAUUCUAUUCAAUGAAGAAAUUGCACCUCAAGGAUCUUAUUUAAACGAUAUUCGAUUUUCUCCUGAUGGUAAAUAUGCUUAUAUUACUGAUUCAGGUGCAACAGGUGCUAUUGUUGUUGUUGAUUUGAAUAAAGAAACAGCUAAACGAGUUCUUCAUGGACAUUCAACAACUCAAGUCGAUAAAGAUAUAACUAUUGAAUACAAUGGAAAACCUGUUCGACAAUCUGAUGGUCGUAGUAUUGAAAUGUCUGCUGAUGGAAUUGCUCUUUCUAUUGAUGGUUCUAUUCUCUAUUGGCAAGCUGUUCAAGGCAAAACUCUUUAUUCUAUUUCAACAUCUUUUCUACACUCAAUAGAUUCCAAUAGAGAAAUUCCUUCACAAUUUACUAUCAUUGGAGAAAAUGGUCCCGCCGAUGGUUUAUGGAUUAGUCAAAAAGAACCAAACCUUCUUUAUGUUACUUCAAUACAAGAUAAUUCAAUUAAAAUACGUAAUUUAUUGACAAAUACAUAUGAAAUUAAAUUAAUGGAUAAACGUCUUCGAUGGCCAGAUACAUUUUCAGAAGACAAACAAGGUUAUAUAUAUGUAACUACUUCACAUAUUCCAGAAUCAGCAAUGUUUAAUAAAAGUGCACCUGCACAAUUACGAACAGAAUUAUGGAAAUUUAAAUCAAAUACAAUUUCACAUCAUUAG